AUGGAAGUUUUUGGAUCUGAUCAACAAUCAUAUCGCGUGCGUGGAUUAGAUCUAUGGUCAAACUACACAAUUUAUUUGGCUGCAGUAAACUGUCGGGGUGAAGGUAUAAGGUCGUUGCCCGUACAAGUUUUUGCUUAUCCCACGCAGGAUCCUUCAACCAACCCGAUAGAUUUGAACGGCCCAUUGAGUUUCCCCAACUCGGGUGCACAGUAUCGUCGUGUGAUCUACGAUGGUCGUGAAGCAGCCACCGGGAGUCUACUGCUUGCUUCACAACCCCAAACACCUGUUGAGUUGAUCGAACCAAAUCCAUCAGAGGAGCGGGGGAGUUUGAUUCGCGAGCCAUGGUUCAUAGUUAGUGUGGUCGCCUUCAGUCUGCUGUGGAUUCUCGUGGUUCUCGGUCUUGUUUUGUGCGGUCGUCAUCGUAGCCGUCGUCAGCGGAGACGUGCUACGGUUCUUGAUUCAGUGGUGGAUGUUGGAACAGUUACUAAAAACGGUCGCCUCGGUCCGGCUUCAGAAACCUAUCCACUAUCACUUGCAAGCACACCCUUGUUACCCACGUCUACUCCGGACGUCAAUGGUCUGAACGGUGUGAGUCCAAUACCUGCACAUGCUAUCCCAACAAACGAUCCCCAUUAUUACGGCGAUCAGCGUAAACUGGGUAACGGAUUUACUUCACCGGUAAUGAAUCAACAGAAUGGGCUGAUUCCGGUCGUAUCAUUUCCCGGUUCGGUAGUUUGCAAUGGCAAUGUGCAACCAACGUUCACCUAUUAUCCUCAUUACUCACUUGGACCACAACUGGGACCACAUAUGGAUAGCGUGAAAGCCACGUCCUACAUCACGACCAAUAGUAUCCCACUAAACAUGCAAACUACCUGCGGUGUUCAAGCAGUGCGUUUAGCUCUUUCCUUAGUUCUGAUUCAAAACGAGCACGAACGGCUGGGUCAAAUAAACGAUGACCCGCCAACCGAGUUUGGUGGGGUUUUCUGCGACUGGGCAGAGUACAACGACAGCUUCCGAUGCGCUGAAUUUUCCAACUUACGCGUUAAACUCACCUGCGUGCACAACUAUAUCGGAGCGUUGGCUCAACCGAAUGAGUUCGGCUGGUUUAAUCAGAACUGCAGUUGA